CACGAACAUCUCUCAUGAUGAGAUUCGUGCUUGUCAUAAAGAACUCAACAUUCGACAUCCUGCACUCAAAAACAAAUGCAUGCAAUUCAAUCAUGUGCAGUUACCUCCGCGUACAGAGCGCAAUUCCCGCUUACCCUUGGAAAGAGCCCAUUGACUGGGAACGCCUUGCUACCAAUCACGGUGAGCCUUUCAUACGAUUUGCAUCAUUGGUCAGAACAAAGCCAACAAACAAACAAAACACGACCUUUUCUGAAUUUUCAAACCUGCCCGCUGAGCUGCAGCUGUACGUCCUCCGCUUCUGCGACCAUGCAACAUUGUAUCAGCUCAUGCAUACUUCGUCCCUACUGCGACAAGAAGCCAAAAAGUUGUUCUGGUCAGCAAGAGAUAUCUGGUACCUGGUCGAAGGCAUCUGGCUGCUUGAUGGAGGAUUCCCAGGUCAUGCAGAUCAUGCAAUCGAGGUGUUGCCUCUGGUAGAACAGAUAGAGGUGGAAUUUUCGGAUUUUUUUGCAACUUCUAAGUCUUUACAAGGAGAUCGAAUUGCCUUUACAGUGCAUGGAGAUGUUUCCGGACGACCUGAGACCGUCAUUGAAAUCAUACGAAAGUUUUGGCAUACGCUACAAACCCGAUUUCCCAAAAUCAAAACUGUUAUCAUCAGUACAGUCCAAUUCCGGGAUGGGACCUCAUUGCCGGCGGAUAUGAAAUCGAUAAUCCGAAUGUGCCCCGACGGUAUCACCGUCUUAGGUUCAAUCCUUGCGGAUGCAGGAGACAGAGAUAACGGAAAGCGCAGUAUGCUAAGGCGAUUAUGGCAGCGUGUAGAGGACAGUAAUGGCGUGGAACAUUGGCAAGUCGUAGAAGCGGCCUGGACUCGGAAAAGUGUAUUGCUCCCCCUUAAGGAAUUCCAUGGGGUUGCCGGGCGAUUUGCACAAUACUUAUACCAUGAUCGCUUUCAAAGCUACGAAGUAUACGUCAUGGACUUAUUAUGCACCGAAGCGAUCGAGAGACAUCACUUUGAAGACUGGUAUGAACCCUUUCACUGUUUGGAGCCGGGCUGUGGGCAUAAGUUCGAUAGACCUGGACAAUACACCGUACAUGUGAUUGACAUUGGCCACCAAAUUAAAUGGAGAGAUUGGGAAUCGCCUCUAGUUUUCAAGGACGAUUUUGAGAAGUACGAGGAGAACCUAAGUCGUCGUUGGGAACGUAUUGGAUGGCAGGGAUGGCUUGAAGAGAUGGGUUACCCAGACACUGAGAAACGAAGGCAGGCGGAGAAGACAUUUUUGGACCAACUUGCCCACGAUCCCUUGUACAAUGAAGGCGUACCCCCUGAAAGCACCCUGAUAUAUCACAGAUGGCAGUGGCAUGGGAAUCCAGACGCGGAUUUAUGAGCGUAUUAGAUUAGUUGGGAAAUUACACACACUCCUCUCAAUCCGCAUCAGUCUAGCGACACUGAAUAUUACAAGCUGGCGACUUCAGCUUAGUUUAAACAUCAAUUCACAAUUACGCAGAUUGUUGGAUGGACACUUCGUAUCGGA